CUUGCACAAAAAACACCCGCACCAUACCUUUCACAUUCGCAUCUUGAGCGUUAGUUUUAACUUCGUUUUUAGCCUCCUUUCACAGUUUAUUCAGUCAUAGCGGAUGCCCAUCAUGCCAUACACGUCGGCCCAAAAUCGGGCAAUAUCCGACUUCAAGUCCAUUACAAGCACCGAUAGCAAGACCGCCGCAAAAUGGCUAAAGGCAAGUGGUUGGGAAGCCACUGCUGCAGUAAACGCUUUCUAUAAUCAGUCCUCCAGCUCAGUAGCACAGUCACCGUCAUCUAAGGCGGCACUCAACAAGCUAUUUGACAAAUAUGCCGAGUCAGCCGGUCGCGAUUCUCUCGAAAUCGAUCAGAUAAUGCCAUAUUUCAACGAUAUCGGUGCUGAUCCGGCCGCGCUCUCUGCGCUAGUAGUUCAAGAGAUCAUGAAGUGCCCCGAAAUGGGCAGUCUAACAAGAGAGGGUUUCGUGGAAGGGUGGUCCGCACUAGGCUGUGACACGCUAGACAAACAGAAAAAGUUUCUAGAAACACGGACGAAAACGUUGGGCAUGCCGGGAAACCGCGAGAUCUUAAAGGCAGUGUACAAAUAUGCGUUCGAACUGUGCAUCACCCAGCAGGGUCAGCGGCUGGUGAGCAAGGAAGAGCUGGUUGAGAUGUGGAGGUUACUAUUUUCUCCACCCGGUCUAGACUGGCGGACGCAAAACAAUAACUGGCUCGAGCUAUGGCUAGAGUUCGUACAGGGAAACAGCGCAAAAGCUUUCAACCGAGAUGUGUGGACUCAGACAUUGAGAUUUGCAGAGGAGACAUUGAAAGACGAAUCUCUGAGUUGGUGGAGUGAAGAGGCGAGCUGGCCCGCCAUCAUUGAUGAAUUUGUAGAGUGGAUUAAAGAGAGGCGAGGCAAUGGGAGUACAAGACAAGAUGAGGACGAAGAAAUGGAAUAUUAAGACGGACCUUCCGAACCUGUUGAGAAACCUUCGAGUGAAAAUUAAUGAGCACUGUAACGAUGUCAGGCCAUUUGGCACGUCUGUGAGGUAUUUGAUAGCGCCAUAGACAUGAUUUGAGCGCAUAAGAUGGCGUUCUCUCUGCACAAAUACCAUUAUCUUCCGGUAGAUUUGCAGGAAAUAUAGAUCUAUAAACACGUCGCUG